AAUUAGUGCAAAACAUUUGCGAACAUAACGAGUCACCCCAUCCUAGAGCAAGCAUCGAACCUUUUUGACAUUUACUGAUUUACACUGCACUCUCUCUCCUCCAUUGAUACGUGCACUCUAAAGUCUAAAUUCUCCAUUGAAGUGCUUCUGAGCUUUUUCUCCUCCAUUGAAACAGCUUCUGAGAUUAGAACGAUCUCGGUAGUGAGGGUAGGAGUGCAGGACAAGCAAAUCAAGUAAUUAAAGAUGCCACUUUAUGACUGUGUGCUAUUACUGAAACCCCAUGUGCCGCGGGAUUCCUUGAUGGAUUUGGUUGCUAGGGUGGGGAAACAUGUUUAUGCACGAAAUGGUGUGCUUACAGAGAUAAAGAACUUUGGAACUGUUCAUCUGGGGUAUGGUAUAAAGAAGCUUGAUGGAAGAUACUAUAAGGGAAAUCUUAUGCAAAUGACCAUGAUGGCAACGCCCAAUAUAAACAAGGAGCUUCAUUACUUGAACAAAGAAGACCGGCUACUACGAUGGCUCCUUGUAAAACAUCGAGACACACAAUUUGGUUUUCACUACCUGGAUAAUGAAGAUUCAAGAAGUGAACUAAACAAAUUCACAUCGCCUAGCAUAUAUGAUGAUAGAGAUGGGGAUGAGGAUGAAGAUGAUGACGAGGAUGACGAGGAGGUAGAGAAGCAAGAUGGUUAAGGAUCAUCGGAUAUUGCAUCCAUAACUAUAUUCCGUAAUGACACUUGUCAUUUCCUAGUUAAAAAUUUUCCUUUUUUUUUUUUUUUUUUUUUUUUUAAAUGACCUACAAUAAUAGUUAUUUCUAUUUUGUCAACAUAUAUUUUAAUCGAAUUAUACUCAAUUUUUUUGUACA